GUGCCUUCUUUCAUCUUCUUCCUUCGGGCCUUCAUGAUUAUCAUGAUUAUUGCAUCUGUAAUUCAAAAGAAUCGAGUUUUGCGUUUAAUGAUAUAUCGCAAUGACAGCGCAGAGACGAGUUUCCUGUGGUCUUGACUUUUGUGCAACACCGGAUUUAAACAAUUGCCUCCUUUCAGCAAAUACAUCAAAAUAUGAAUUUAUAUGUGCUCCACUCGUUCAUCCACUAUUUAAAAGAGAAUUUGUUUCUGGGAAAGCAAAGGAACGUUCUGGUCCAUUUACCAGACCAGACAUAAUUUUAUGCAGUUCUGAUUGGAACACUCUAAUUAUUGGCAAAUUGUCUCCACAUAUUAAAGUAGAUUCAAAGAAUCCUAUUGUGAGAAAGAACAGUGAGGAGACUUUAAGACAAGAAUUAAAUUUGGCAAGCCAUUUAGGUCUUAUAGGCGUUACAUUUAAAUUAACGAAAGGAAUAAGAGAAAAUGUAAAUCUUGCCAGAAUUAUCUGUGAUACACUUUCAAAACCAUGGACUUUACAGGUUUGGGUCCAAGUACCUAUGGAAAAUCCAAUGAAACAAGCAUAUUCAUACAGGGAACAAGAUUGUGGUGAAGUAGAAAGUCCAUGGGAAUGGUGGAAUGCCUUUAGAAUCAUUUGUGACUACAACGGAAAAUUAGGGGUUGCACUAGUUGUAAGCCAUGAUCUUCCUGACGAUGAAGAGAUUCACAGGUGGCUGGGAGAACCAGUUAGGUGUUUGAUCUUUCCGACCACGUUAUUUAUCACAAAUAAAAAAGGGUAUCCUGUGCUGAGCAAGGCACACAAGGCAUUAGUGAAGAAAUUUCACAUGCUAGGAGUACAGAUCAUACUUACAGGACAAAAUCGAUAUCAAAGUAUUACAUUCUAUCAUAAUUAUUUAGAAUACUUGUGGAAGACUUGUGAUGAAGAUGGGCCAGUUGAAAGAUACGCACGUGGUUUUGAAGAUUUUCUUCAGUAUCCUUUGCAACCACUCAUGGACAAUCUUGAAUCUCAGACAUAUGAAACGUUCGAAAAGGAUCCAAUUAAAUAUACUCAAUAUCAAGACGCGAUUUAUCAAGCGAUUCGUGCCAUUGUAGAUAGAACGUUAGGGAAAAGUAGAACAAUAAUAAUAAUGGUAGUUGGAGCUGGGAGAGGACCACUUGUCAAUGCAUCUUUAAAUGCAAGUGCGACAGCUAAACAGGACAUCAAAGUAUACGCCGUAGAAAAAAAUCCUAAUGCAGUAUUAACCUUACAGGCACUUGAAAGAGAUCUGUGGGAAAAUAAAGUGACAGUGGUAUCUUGUGAUAUGAGGGAAUGGGAUCCACCUGAGAAAGCUGAUAUCGUUGUAUCGGAAUUGCUUGGUUCUUUUGGCGACAAUGAACUUUCUCCAGAAUGUUUGGAUGGAGUUCAACGAUUUUUAAAAGACGAUGGUAUAUGUAUACCGACGUCAUACACGUCGUAUAUCGCUCCUGUACAGUCGCCUAAGUUGUAUAACGAAGUGAGACAAUGCAGAGCAAAGGAUAAACACCCUCUAGCUCAUUUCCAGGCUCCAUAUGUAGUUCGUUUACAGAACAAGUACGAUAUAGCAAAACCGCAGAGCUUAUUCACUUUCAAACAUCCGAAUAAUGAAAAUAAUAGUGAUAAUUCAAGAUAUGAAACUAGGGUGUUCAAAGUACAACAGAACUCUGUCCUACAUGGCUUCUCUGGCUAUUUUGAUACAGUCCUGUUCAAUGAUGUUACAUUAAGCAUAGAACCUAGCACACACAGUCCUGGGAUGUUUAGCUGGUUUCCUAUAUUUUUCCCAAUUAAGCAACCAGUACAGUUAAAAGCUGGAGACCAAGUAGUCGUCCAUUUCUGGCGUCGAUGUAGCUCCAAAAAUGUAUGGUACGAAUGGUGCAUCAGUGAGCCUGUACCAUUGUCCAUUCAUAAUCCAGAUGGACGUUCUUACACGAUAGGUCUAUAAUUUACUUGUAAUAUCAGGUUUUUGCAUCAAAGGAGACUUAAUGAUACAGCAACUUAAUGAUGAAAAUUGUAUGUUCUUUUUAUGAUACAAGAUCUCAAAUAUACUAUUAAUUAAGUCAG